UGUAUGUCCAAUGUACGCCCAGUACGCCGGUUAUACAAACUUAACCUGAAUGAAUGCUCGCAGGUAGUUGCCUAGUUGCACGCGAUUUCCGAUUGAAUUCUCGCUGCGAGAGAAAAAGGAAGGGACAGGUGUGAUUGUUCCUUUGGGAUUAUUUCCAAAUUUCUCGGCAACAAUGGCUGUUAGCAGCGGAGUGUCAUUCGUGCUGUCGUCGAUAAUGAUGGUCUUACUGUUCUCCGGCAUGCAGAUGUACAAAGUCUGGCUCAGCUCGACGCAGCUGGGAACGAUUCUGGGAGGAUGGAUUGGAUCGUUGUUGUUCAUUUGUACGCUGACUGCAGUGGGAAAUCUUGAAAGUACCUUGUUUGGAAAAUCGUUUCAACAAAAAUUACUUCCAGAAGUGGUCUUCUCGUUGACUUUAAGUCUAAUCGCUUCUGCUUUAAUUCACCGUGUGUCCAUCACGACAUGUUUGAUAUUCUCUUUGAUUGCGUUGUAUUAUAUGAGUAAAAUUUCUCAAGAAACGUACAGUGUAUCUACACAGAACACAGUAAUGCAAACCAAGAGACGCAAUAAGUGAAUAGGCAUAAGGAUGUUCCUAUUACAUAUCUUUUUACUAUCAUGUAUACUAUAAUAUUAUACUUUCCAUAAAGCUUCCAAUUUAUAGUACAAUGUA